GGAAUAUUCCUGAUGCUUCUGCUGGCCGCGGCCAGCUCAGCUAUGCCGCAGCGCCGCCAGCUGAAGAGCCAGCGUCAAGUGGAGCUAUCCAGCACGCCGUAUCCAGCGGCUGGCUUCCGGCCAAAGAUACCGUUCGAUCUGCCCAGCGAGAGGCAGCCCAAGCUGGAGGAGCCACUGGCCACGACAACCGCGCCAUCGGCCAAGACUGAGGUGGAAGACUUUGGCAUCACGGAGGAGCAAGCGACCACAACGGAGCUCUUGGAGCAGGAGGUGCAGGUGAAUGCACGCACACCGGCCAACACCUACGGAGCACCCGACCAGCCCGAAGACACCGUGGAGGUGGUGGCCCAGGCACCCGCUCGAGACUUUCAGCCACCCGUUCGCGAGGCUGCGCAGGAUUUUGCCGCUGUUGCCAUUGAUGGCAUUGCUGGUGAACAGCAGCCUGUUGCUGAUCUGCCUGCCCUGGACCAGCCCGAGACGACGCUGAGCGAGGAGCAGGAGGAGCUGUCCACCACCGAGAUUGCCCUCAAAGUGGCCGCCACACCCGCCAACACCUACGGAGCACCCAACACCCCCGCGCGCAGCUAUGGCGCACCCGAGCUAGAGGAGCUGGACAACGAACUGGAAACGGAGGAGUCACAGGUGGAGCUGGUCGAGGAGGCGGAGCAGGAGCUGAACGCGGCUGCCCUUGGUCUGUCCAGCGGCCGCCUCGUGCUGCUGCCCAUCAACGCCGCCGGCGCCCAGUUCGGCCGCCUCCUGCUCGCAGUGGAGCAGCCCCAGCAGCAGCCCCUCCGACGCCAGCGUGUGCGCAGCGAGCGACUCCGCUUGCGCCGCCACUAG